AUGCUGACUUUCUCCAAUACCUGCUUCAGCCCGUCUUCUUUCUUCCUGACCGGCAUUCCUGAGCUGGAAACCACCCACCUGUGGAUCUCCAUUCCUUUCUGCUCCAUGUACAUCAUUGCCAUCCUGGGGAACUUUACCAUCCUCUUCAUCGUCAAGGCUGAGCAGAGCCUGCACGAGCCCAUGUACAUCUUCCUCUGCAUGCUGGCUGUCAUUGACCUGGUCCUCUCCACCUCCACCAUGCCCAAGCUGCUCAGCAUCUUCUGGUUUAACACCCAGGAGAUCAACGUGCAUGCCUGCCUGCUCCAGAUGUUUUUCAUUCACUCUUUUGCCACCAUCGAGUCUGGGAUUUUCCUGGCCAUGGCUUACGACAGGUAUGUGGCCAUCUGCAACCCUUUGAGGCACAAAGCUAUUUUGACACACUCCAUCAUUGCCAAGAUUGGGCUCAUGGCCGUGAUACGGGGGGUGCUGUAUAUUGCCCCCCUGCCCCUGCUCAUCAAGCGUCUCACCUACUUUCGGACCAAUGUCAUCGCCCACUCCUACUGCGAGCACAUGGCCGUGGUGAUGCUGGCCUGUGAGGACAUCACUGUCAACAACCUCUAUGGCAUGACCAUUGGCUUUCUGGUGCUCAUUGGGGAUUCCCUGUGCAUUGCUUUCUCCUACGCAAUGAUCUUCCGGACUGUCUUCAGUCUCAGCACCCUGGAGGCACGGCUCAAGUCCAUCAGCACCUGCAGCUCGCACAUCUGUGCCAUCCUGGUCUUCUACAUCCCCAUUGCGGUGUCCUCUCUGACGCAUCGCUUUGGGUGGCACGUGGCUCCUCCCAUUCACAUCCUGCUGGCCAACUUCUACCUGAUCAUCCCCCCGGUGUUAAACCCCAUUGUCUACGCUGUGCGGACCAAGGAAAUCCGGAGGAGGCUGUACAAGUUGCUAUACUCUAAUGGUCUGGUGCAGAAGCAGCAUACUUUGCAGAAACCGGGUUAG